UGAAGUUUACUUUACAACCAAAAUUACAUAAAAAUAUUAAUCAUGAAUGGAAUUAUAAUAAAAUAGUUAUAUACUGCGUUUUUUGUUUCUCUAAAAUGAACAUUUAAUGUAUAUGGAAUAGUAAAUAUUACUUAUUACUAUACAAAAUGGUUUAUGAGCCGAUUCCGAGAACUGUCCGCAUUAUUUUGCUGGGUGAACCAGGAGUCGGCAAAACAUCACUCAUUCUCUCUUUAGUUACUGAAGAAUUUACAGAACAUGUUCCACCGAAGGCAGAAGAAAUCACAAUUCCUGCUGAUGUUACACCAGAACAAGUACCGACGAAUAUUGUUGAUGUAUGUUUGUGUGAACAAACAAUUGAACAAGUUGCCGAAGAAAUAGAAAAGGCUCAUGUGAUUUGUAUCGUAUUUUCUGUUGACAAGCAAGAAACGCUUAAUAAAGUCGCAUCGUACUGGCUACCGUUUGUGAGGGACAAUUGUCCAGAAGAUUAUAGGAAACCAGUGAUCUUAGUAGGAAAUAAAAUUGACUUAAUUGAUUAUUCGAUUAUAGAUAAUAUUUGGGAUAUAGCAGAGGAAUACCCGGAGGUAGACCGAUGUAUUGAAUGUUCUGCUAAGACAUUGACUAAUGUCUCUGAAAUGUUCUAUAAUGCACAAAAAGCUGUUUUGCACCCAAUACAUCCUAUUUAUUCAAUAGAAGAACAAGAACUCACAGAAAGGUGUAAAAAGGCAUUGUCAAGAAUAUUCAAAAUAUGUGACUUAGAUGGUGAUGGAGUUUUGGAUGAUUAUGAAAUAACAGUAUUCCAGAAAAAGUGCUUUGACUCUCCAUUACAACUGCAGGUUCUAGAUGAAGUAAAAUCUGUUAUAGCACAAAAUAUUGCUGGGGGAAUAGAGAAUGAAUGCAUCACAAUGAAGGGAUUUAUAUUCUUGCACUGUCUUUUCAUACAGAGAGGAAGAAAUGAGACAACAUGGACAGUACUACGUAAAUUUGGUUAUGAUGAGAGUUUGGAAUUGACACAAAGUUAUUUAUAUGCUAAUCUGAAAAUACCAGCAGGCAGCACAUCAGAACUUUCGUACAAAGGCCAACAAUUUUUGACGCAAAUUUUUGAGAAGUAUGAUAGGGAUAAAGAUGGAAUGCUAAAUCCUACUGAACUUAAAAAUGUAUUUUCAUGUUGUCCUCGCAUACCCUGGCAUAACUUAAGGUAUACUGUACCAACCAAUGAUAAGGGGUACUUGACUUUACAAGGCUGGAUGUGUCGUUGGACAUUAAUGACCCUCCUAGACUUGCAAAGUACAAGUGCUUACUUAGCUUAUUUGGGAUAUAAUUUCUUAGAAAAUGAAUCCCAAAAAUCUGCAUUUCAUGUUACUCGGGAGAAAAAAAUUGAUAUAGCUAAAAAACAAUCAAACCGUAAUGUAUACCAGUGUCAUAUCAUUGGACCCAGAGGUUGUGGUAAAACAUCCAUAUGUAGGAGUUUUUUAGGAAUAGCACAUAAGAAAAUCAAACCUCAUUCCAAUGAGCGAGGAGAUGGAUACUCUACAGAGAACAACUGUUGUAUUAAUACAGUAUUAGUGUAUGGGCAAGAGAAGUACUUAGUUUUAAAGGAAAUACCAAUCACACGUGUCUCCGACCCUCUGCAGCCUCAUGAAGUUAAUUGUGAUGUAGCUUGCCUUGUUUAUGACGUCACCGCUAGUCGAUCUUUUGAGUUCAUCGCUAGAAUAUAUAUUAAAUAUUUUGCUGAAAGUCACAUCCCUGUACUGAUUGUUGGAACCAAAGGAGAUGGCAUGAUCACCAGACAGGAAUAUAUUCUACAACCAGAAGUAUUUUGUAGCAAGUACCAAUUGCUUCCACCGCAACUCUUUAAUAUUAAAGAGAAUAAGCACGAUGUUCUUGUGAAACUUGCGACAAUGGCUGCUUUUCCACAUCUCAAACAGUUUGCGAGUUUUGCUGGCGAUAACUCGUCCUGGUGGAAGGCUGGUAUUGGGGUCGCCGCUGCUACUAUAAUGGGCCUCGUUCUUAUCAAGAUACUUAACUUCCAGAGACAAUAGAUGUAGGAAAAUAGGAGAAACUGCUUUCUUGGUGAAAAGUGCAAAUACGUUACAAAUUACAAGAAUGUAAUAUAAAAUAUAUAUUAGUAAACCUACAAAUUAUAAUAAUAAACCACCAAAGAAGCUCCCGUAUAUAAAAUAUUUUUAUUUUGAGUUGUAAAUA